AUGACAGACAUGACAUCAAAUACAACCACUGUUCUACAGGCUCCUGACUUUGGACAGGCAACAUUAACAAUUUGUCAUGAAUGUCCACUUAGUGUAUUACCGACAAAUCUGGAAAUACCAGCUACAUGUGUCAUUCUGUCACACUGUACAGCGAUAGACUGCUGUGUUGAUGUAGACCUCUUACACAGAUCUCUCCAUGUAGUGUUUGACCUAAAUGUUUGUAACAAUACAUUUACAGUUGGAAUUGACAAAUUACAGCUUGAACCAAUCAACCUCACAAAUAUUGAAUAUGGAAAGACACACCACUUCAACCUGAAAGGAGUUGCACGUAUUAGAUAUUCCAUUGAUGAUUUAGCAGAAGAAAGGAAGUUUCUUGUUAACAUGAAUAUAAGUUUGUGUUUUGAAUCAGAUGCACCAUGUUUGUAUGACUUUGUAUUGUUUCAAGAUAGUUUGUUACCCAAAAUUAUGUGUGAUUGGGAGUCAGGAUUUUCUAUUCCAGGGUUUUCACUGGAUAGUUUUGUUCAAAAUUAUGGUUACAACAUUUCUGAUACAUUGCCACAGUUUCUUGUCAAUACAGUAUUCCAAAAACUUGGCAUUUCCUCCUAUCUGAUUGAUUAUCCUUGUAGUCUCAGAGAUGGGAUGUAUUUUCCAAGCAAAAAUGGUUGGAAGAAUGACUGUCAGUAUGAUCUGAAAUUGCUAAAACUACCGGAAAGCACUGCCUGCAACCUGGGUCAAUCUUGUACAUCGAUUUAUUGUUGUAUCCAAGAAAAUAAUCUGAGAAGAUCGUUCAAUGUUUGGUUAGACGUAAAUACAUGUACCUAUAAACUAAGGUUUGGAAUAGAGAAGUUAAGUCACCAGAUAGACUUAUUUGGAUAUAAAUGGGGAACAAUUGAAAGGAAAUACCUGAUGAAUGUAGUUAGAGUUGAGUUUAUUUUGAAAGAUUUGAAAGAAGAAAGAAAAUUUGAAAUUGACAUGAAUAUCAGUAUUUGUUUUGAAGAGGACAGCUGUAUAUCAAGUUUUAUUGUUUUUCAAAAAACAACCCUUCCAAAAGUUUUCUGUGAAUGGGGAACUGGUUUCUUGAUUCCAGGAUUUUCAUUGAGUAGAUAUCUAGAGAAUUCGGGAUAUGCAGUCACGGAUUCAUUACCAAAGGACAUAACUGAAAAAUUACUUUAUUAUCUUGGACUGGACACAUUCUUGUUAAAACCCGAUUGUAUGAAUGUUAUUUCACCAUAUUCAGUAACAUAUUUGACAGAAAAAACAGUUUGUCCUGAAUGUGAACAGCAGGGAAUUGUUUUUAACAAUUCAGUUUCUUGUGAUUUUGGAAAGACCUGUUCUGAUAUUAGAUGUUGUGUUGGAGUCAGCUUAUUACACAGGGCUUUAUAUAUCAGCAUAGAUAUAGAUCCAUGUGAAUACAUAAUGCAGCUUCAAGUUGAAUCUUUAGAAGUCACAAAGUCACUUUUGGAUUAUAAAUGGGGAGUAGAAGAUAGUAUAUCACUCCAAGGUGGAUUAAUAUUUCAAUUUGUGAUAGAUGAUUUACCAAGCCAGAAGAUGUUUAUGGUUGAUUUAAAGCUGUCAGUUUGCCUUGAAGCAAACAAUCCUUCAGAUUGUAUUUUCAAUGUUGAUGUUUUCAAAAACUAUAAAAUAAGAAAGCAAUCAUGUAAUUGGAACAUGGGAUUCAAAGUGAAAGAUUUUUCAUUAAAAGAAUGGAUGAAUGGAAGGAAAAUACAGCUUACAGAUCAUUUAACAAUUUAUGAUUCUCAGAAACUACUUGAAUACAUGGGUAUUCAGAAAUAUUUAAAUCAAGAUGAAUGUAAAAUAAACAUUAGCAAGACUGAACAUCCAAAGGGAUGGAGUGUGAAUGCCGAAUUAGAAUAUUAG